CAUGUCUACUCAGCGCAUCUCAGCGAGCAUAGAAAGAAACUCAGUGACGGAAAUAGAAUAGCCAUCCCUGGCCGUGCCAUUUGUGACGGAAAUUGAAAGAGCAUCUCAGGCUCUCAGCGAAGGAUAGGACGCGGCCGUCUCUACUCUCUCAACUACUGGUGAGCCUUUUAAUGCCUUAACCCAAUUGUUUUUCUGAUAAUCUCCCAAGCAAGUAGCGGCCAGCCGUCCAACUAUCCAAGCCCAGAAAUCGACAGUCGACUCGGCCGCCCCGUCAGUUCGUAAAUUUCAUUUCCUUCAUCCAGGAAUUUCAUCGAUCAUGUGCUGAGCAUGCGGAAAAGAGGGCUUGACCCUCACUUGCUGUUUGUUGUCAGGCGUUACUCCAAGCAAAGAUGUGACAUUUCUCUUAAGGAGCGUGUGAUCCGAGUUUCAAACAAUGUUGCCAGUUUGGGCAGCCCCAAAGAAGGGUCAAAGCCACCACAGUUAAUGUCUUUGCCUCCAUUUUAUGGUCUCCAUUUGAAGUGUCCUACCAGUCCCAGUCAGCCUUCUUGCCGAGUUACUGCCAUUAGCUGGCUCAAAUAUUACUUUGACGAAAUACCUAGUCCUGUCAUUCAAUUCCAUUUUAAUAAGGGUCUGAUAUAUCAAGACUGCAUUUGGUAGCAUCAAUCGGCUUACUUUUCUUGUACAGAUUGAAUGCAGUGAUAUAAAUGAUUCAUCUAGCACUGUCAGUUCCAAAAUUUCCUUGAGAAAGAUUAGGCAUCAUGAGAUCAUGGAGAUGGGUGUGAGAGUUUAUGUACCUGUAUCUAUUGUAGAAUCCAAAAUUUCCAAGCGGUUUGAUAUAAUACCAAGUGGCACCUUGUACCCUAAUGCUGAUGAGAUAGCUUACUUGCAACGGCUUGUAACUUACAAGGACUCUGCAUUAAUUGUGCUAAAUAAGCCCCCUAAACUUCCAGUAAAGGGAAGCCUUCCUAUUCACAAUAGCAUGGAUGCUUUGGCAGCUGCUGCACUUUCUUAUGAUUAUGAUGUGGGCCCUAGACUGGUGCAUCAUCUUGAUAGGGAGAGCAGUGGCCUUCUUUUAAUGGGAAGAACAGAAGAAAGCAUCUCGCUUCUUCAUUUGUUUCUCAGUGACUCAGCAAAGAAGAAAUUUCAGUCAAAGGUGUUGCAUGACUCUUGUAAGACAACAUAUCGAAGAUAUUGGGCAUUGGUAAUAGGUUCCCCCAAAGAAAAGGAAGGCUUAAUUUGUGCGCCUCUUUCAAAGGUGUCUCUUGACAAUGGGAAAACUGAAAGGGUUAUCUUGGCUCACAACUCGAGCUUAGAAUCUUCCCAGGAGGCUAUUACAGAAUACCGUGUCAUGGGUCCAAUGAUCAACGGAUGUUCGUGGAUAGAGUUGCGUCCACAUACAAGCAGAAAACAUCAGCUACGUGUGCACUGUGCAGAAGGACUGGGUUGUCCCAUUGUGGGUGAUUACAAGUACGGCUGGUUUGUACAUAAAAAGUGGAAGCAGAUGCCGAGAGUUGACGUGGAGCCCACGACUGGGAAACCGUACAGAAUGAGGAGACCAGAAGGGUUGGAUGUGCAGAAAGGAAGCGUGCUGUCUAAGGUUCCGUUGUUGCAUUUGCAUUGCCGGGAGCUUCUGCUUCCCAACAUUGCCAAGCUUCUAAAGCUUCAUUGCGGUAAAACGUUAGAAAGCUUUACUGUCAACGGUAGCAAGGACACAGUUUCAAAACCUGAUCUCCUUCGUUUUGUAGCUCCAAUGCCAUCUCAUAUGAAAAUUAGUUGGAAUCUCAUGUCGUCUUACUUGAUUUAAAAACAAUAAAAACUGAAGGAUAAUCAUUAACCUAUAUAUGUGAACCAUCUGAAGUUUUUUUACUCUUCUUAUUGAUUCAUUUUUACUUAAAACAUUAAUUUUCUAAUUGACACCAAAAGCUGCAAAGAUUUUAUCAAUUCAACC